ACUAAGUUGACAGCUGCGAUUCAGCUGAAGGCCUGAUAAACUACGGGACACAGUGACGCAUACAUAAUACGCAAACACUUAACUCCUACGGAGUAAUAGGUGGCGUGUCGGAAGCUACGUUUGUGAUCAGAUUAGAUUACAUUCAAUUUUCAUUCCAUAGAUCCAAAAAUGAGAUGAUUCUCGUGGGUGUGGAACAAGUCAGUUUCUGCAUGCCAUUCUUGACAUUCAUCAGUACGGACAAUACUAACAAUGCCUGCAAGAAUCUCUGACUUCCUCAUCACCAGAAUUUUCAAACUGCAAGGCAUCUGAAGGCAGACAGGGCAGAAAAAUGGCUUCACAACCUGAGCAUAGUGGUGGUUGCCAUACGGCUAGUGAAGACGUCAAAGUGUGUCGGAGCAGUGCACCACCCGAACUGCCUCCUCCCAUUGCCAGUUCUGCUUCGCAAAAUGUUGGGCACACGCAUUCCCAUUCAGAUGUAUCAGAUACUAAUUUGAACACUCAGCAGUUGGAAAUUGCAGUUUCUGAUGCAGCUGAUGGCACAGUGCGUGACACCUGGUGUCCAAGCAUUGAUGACUUACCAGAUGAGAUUCUGAUAAAGAUCUUCUCUUACAUGUCUUUCAGUGAACUCGUAGAUGUAGUACAGAAAGUGUGCUCUCGUUGGAGAAGGCUGUCCCAAGAUUUGGAGUUGUGGGCUGACAAGGAGUACCAUAUCAGAGACUCGAGUGCGAUAGAUUCAGAUAGCUGUAAGGGUGGCACGACUGACCGGGAGGCAAUACAGACCUUCUGCGACACCCCGAACCUGCGAAUUGUGUGCAUGCGGCGUGGUGCCACGUCCCGUGUCUUCCGUGCUCUCUAUAACAAUUGCCAGAAGCUCUCGGAGCUGCAGAUGCACGUCACCCAGAAACUCAGCUACUCUGUGCUGAAGAAUUUGGUUGAGAAGUGCUCCAGAAUACACACGCUGAGAAUACCCAGUGAACUGCUGAAGUCGGAGAAAUUUUCGGAGGCAGUGUCUCAUCUGCAGCACCUCCGUGUGCUGAAUGUAGUCCUACGCUUCACAAAAAGCACUCCCGUACUGCGACCCUUGGGGGACGGGUGCCCGCAACUGGCCGAGGUCGACUUGAGAUCCACAGUUGUCGAUAUGGACGAUCUGAGGUGCUUUCUGAAUGCCAAGAGGAACACCCUUAAGUCCAUACGCAUAAAAUGGACAAUGGCUGGAAAAAAGUGUGUUCUACCAUUGCUGACAGUCUGUGCCGACAGCUUGGAAUGUCUGCAACUUUACGGUUACGACAUAGUCCGCGACGAUGCGAGGGAGGCUUUUACUGCCCUGGGACGUCUGAAGAACUUGAAGGUACUUAAGAUGGCGAUCAUCAAACCGGCACCACCCGGCACAGCCGCUCUGGCGUUUAUGGACGGUGGACUGCCAAAACUGAGGCUUCUGGACCUACGAGGAGGCUACGGUCUGGACGACGACACAGUAAUUGCCAUCAGCCGCGGGUGCCCCGCUUUGCGGGAACUCAUUGUCAGAGGUUGUCAUUUGCUAUCUGAUGCCGCCUUCUCUCAGAUCUACCAUCUGGAACAGCUUGAAAUACUGGACGUAUCACGCUGCAGAGGUCUCGACGGAGCCCUGGUCCCCUACCUCGCUGGGUUACCACGACUUCACACAUUGCUUAUGGAAAAUAUGGAUUUUCCAAAGUUGCAACCAGGUCUGAGCAGUAUCCUCGAAAUGUCCAGUUUGCGAUGCCUGAAACUCGACCAUUCCCUUGUUACUGGAGUGCCAUUUGAUAAGUUUCCAGGAAAGCUUUUCGGUCUCAGGGACCUAAGUAUUGCCUGGUGUCGAGGUGACCUUAAAGCUACAGAUGGGCUGGCCGAACGGAUGCCCAAUCUUGAAAUCCAUGGCAAAGCUGAAGUAGAGGAACCUACUAUAGGCACGGAGGAACACGAGAGUGGGGCAGCAGUAUGGAGAUUGACAAAGAUGGUGAUUGUGACAAUAGCAGUAACAUUGAUUGUGACAGUGAUAACAUUAUGUGGGAUGAAAGUGGUAAAUCUCUUAUCUUCCUAGAGGAUGUACAAAAGUGAUGUGAUAUUUAUAGGGAACUACGACUCUCAAUACUGGUAGCAUUUCAGUUGGAACUGUGUAACUGGACCAGAAUUUGAUACUCCCCAACUGUCAUUACUGGAACAUAUGUCAUAGUAGACUGCCGAAUGCUAUGAAACUAAAGCUAGUCAUGUAUUUCUGUAACAUUGUGAUUAUAUUGGCUUUUCUGUAAAGUCAUGUUAACAGUGGCAAAAACUGUUUUGAAGAAAGGUAAUUGUAAAUCAUUUAGGAAAUAUGUUGUUGCAGAUUAAAUCAUCUACAUUACUGUUGUGUGAGCUUCCACUGUAAUUACAAUGGAUUUGCCAUCUUCAAUUUUUAACCUUAUAAAUAAAAAAAAAACAUUUUUUUUAUUUUAAAAUCAGUGUAUU